AUGGAACACACUGGAAGCCACACAGCUGCUGAAAUGCUGGAAAUACAACGAUUGCGUGACAACGUUAAAACUAUUUACACCCUCCUGCUGCAACUGCCAGUCAUGCAUGGAUAUGCAUAUCGACCCCAAACCGAACAGGCUUCCGGUCCUGGUAGGCCUAGAUAUCUUUUAUCGGCAGAACAAUUGUCCUGUUUGCGUAGCGAAUUCAACAGUUGGUCUCAAAUUGCUGCUGACCUUGGUGUUUCUCGGCAAACAAUCUAUAACAGGAGACGAGAACUUGGAUUUUCUAUCGCGUUCGAAAAUUUUACAACCAUUUCGAAUGCAGACCUGGACACUGUUGUUACUGAAGAACUCGAAGCAUUUCCCCGUACCGGGGAAACAAAUGUUAUCGCAGGCCUUCGCCAGCGUGGAAUAUAUUUACAGAGGUGGAGAGUAAGAGAAUCGAUUGUCAGAGUAGACCCCAUUAACAGAGCCAAUAGAUGGGGUCAAAGAAUAAUACGCAGACCGUACAGUGUACCCCACCCAAACUUCUUAUGGCACAUUGACACAAACAUGAAACUGCAUCACUGGAGGAUGUGCAUACAUGGUUGUGUAGAUGGGUUUUCGCGUUGUGUUAUUUACCUAAACGUUAACAACAAUAACAGAGCUGCCACAGUGUUCUCCUGUUUUCAAAGGGCAACCACCCAAUGGGGACAUCCAUCACGAUUGAGGGCAGAUAAUGGAGGGGAAAAUGUAGCAGUUGGCGAUUAUAUGGUUUGGUUUAGAGGAGAGAAUCGUGGCAGCUUCUUGACUGGACCAAGAGUCCGAAACACGCGUAUUGAACGUUUAUGGAGAGAUGUCGUCGAAAGUGUGGUAACCAUAUUCACUUCACUGUUUAUGUUUAUGGAAAGUCAUCGCAUAUUGGACCCUGGAAAUGAAAUUGACAUGUAUGCCCUACAUUAUGUCUUCUUGCCUCGAGUCCAGAGGCUUUUGGACAGAUUCGUUCAAAGGUUCAACAUGCACUCGGUGUCUACUGAACAUAAUAGAACUCCAAGACAGCUUUGA